AUGCCGGAGCUGCCUGCCGUCUUCCUCCAUGCAGAACUUUUGCCAAAUGUUCGCCAGCUGACACUACACGUCUCUCUCCCCAAUUCCCCCUCGGAUAUUGAUAUUAGGGAAUCUUCAAUAACGCUGUCAGAAUCUCGUCGCGCUAUCACAGUCUUCACAACUUAUGGCAACAAUGAUGCAAAGCAUGAGUUAGUGGAGACGCUCAAGCUACCAGUCAGAGUCACCGACGCGUCGAGACGAAAUCUAAGUUUCGCGGGACAUCGUGUUGAUACCAGCACUACUACCAGCGGAGAUGCACAAAACAAUCAGACCGCCGAAUACUCGUUUAGGUUGCAGGUUGAUGCCCACGACAUCGACUUAGUAACUACAAAGCAGGGCUUACAAGAAGAUGAAUAUGUUCCCUGGACCGCGAACGAUAUGUCUACAUGCGUUUCCUUGCAUUGCAGGUUCUGCAAGGAAUUGAUAAUCGACGCCUUGAAAGAGUCAGACGUGGCCACAUGGCAGUGGAAGGAUCUCCCCAGCGCCAACUGGGCGGAGAUGAUGGAUUUCUGGCAUUGUCACAAACCCGACGUGCAUGUCGACGCGAAAGAGCAACAAAAAGCCAUCGAGGACCAGACUGCAUCAGUCAAAGGAUAUGGCGCUUCCAACAGAGUGGUUGCUAACCCCCGGACUGUACUUGUUGAUGUUGCCUCUUUUUUAGUGGCCAAAAGUGACUGUCAUAAUAUCAAAACGUCGAUUGUUAUGGAAUACCAUACCAUCGGGUAUAAAAGAAGGAGACUCCGUCGCUCCUCCCACGACGAAGUCACCGAUACAAAUGCCCAAUACGAAAGGCCUUACUAUCUCUUCCCUAAACACAUUUCGCUAUACAAGGAGGAAGUUCUUCAAUCUUGUAGUCAGAUUCUUCAAAAACGGCCAACCGGGAACUCCCCCACGAAAUCUACGCUGUUACACGAGGAACAGAAAGCGAAAAACAUAGCAUGUUCUGAAUGCGGCGCAAUUUUAGGCAUGGAGGACCCCGUCGCAGAAGGGCUGAGAUUGUACAAAAACAAUUUUUCUGCAAGACAGCUUGCAACAGGCUCCGCAGAAGAACCGGUAUAUGAAACGUAUGGAGUUGACGUUAUUACCAGUGCUCAACUAUUAGAUCUCGUUGAUCAUGAGGGUGUACGGCGAUUUGUUAUCCAUGCUGGUCAGUCGGAUGGUAUUCUGCUUUGGGCUUUUAAUCCUGACCUCCGCUACUCGAGCUCUAGCGCAGAUCAUAGUAUUGUAUCUAAACGUGCCAUGAAGGUUCUAUAUCAGAAUGUGUCUGACGUUGAGGGAAUUCUCGAGCCUGAUAAUGGCGCACCAGCGCCUCUGUCAUUGGAAGAGUUGUUCCUGCCUGAGAACAUCUAUGACGAGCUGGCGCAGGCGCUGCAGUACAGCAAUCGCUUAUUACCGGUUUCUGCAAGGACCUUUCGAGAAUGGAAUGUUGCACUUCUGGGUCGUCUCGAGAGGGACGCGUGA